AUGAAAAUCUUUAUAGUGUUUGCACAUCCCGAGAGCAGAUCGUACGGUGGCUCUUUGCUGAAGAGCAUGGUGGAGCACCUGACUUCCCAAGGCCACGAAGUGAGAGUCGCGGAUUUGUACAAGCAGGGGUUCAAAGCUACCGUCACCGAGGACGAUUUCCUUAACUUCGAGAAAGGUUCUCGUUUAAAGGGCAUCGAUGCUUCAAUUGCCGCUGCCGCUGCAGACGCAUUUACGGAUGAUGUAAAGGAGGCACAGGCAAACCUGAUGUGGGCUGAUUUUGUUCUCUUCCAGUCUCCUCUGUGGUGGUUCAGUGUCCCAGCAAUCUUAAAGGGCUGGUUCGACAGAGUGUUUUCCGGUGGGUUUGCGUACGGUACACCGGAGGACGACAAGUUGAAGAACAGUACUUUGAUCGGACGGAAGGCGAUGCUGGUGCUAACCGCCGCGAUCAAAAAGGAGCCAUCGACGGGGAAGAGUAUCCAUGUGCCCAUGAACGACCUAUUGCUCCCCAUCACCCGUGGGACGUUGAAGUUCAUUGGGUUGACCGUGUUGCCAUCGUACGUCAUGUACGACGUGGACAACGCCACGGAGGAAACUUUUGCAAAGGACGCCAAAUACUUGAAUGGUCUCUUGGACAAUAUUGACACGAUCGAGCCUAUUGAUUUCCAUAGGCGUUCUGCCUGA